GAGUCGGAUAAGCUAUCUAACAGUAAUCGAACCACACGUGCUUCCAGUCCCCGCGUUAUAAGUAUCCAACCCCAACCGCACAUGGAAAACAAUUAUAUAGCAAAUAAUAUAUAACUGGGAGAAAGAGGGAGGGGCCUCUCGGUUCCACGGAUCGACCGAGAUCGAGAUGGAGGGGGAGUCGCCGUCGCCGCCGCCAGCGAGGAAGGACGGCAAGGAGCGGCCUUACCGGGGGGUCCGGAUGCGGAAGUGGGGCAAGUGGGUCGCCGAGAUCCGCGAACCCAACAAGCGCUCCCGGAUCUGGCUCGGCUCCUACUCCUCCCCCAUCGCCGCCGCCAAGGCCUACGACACCGCCGUCUUCUACCUCCGCGGCCGCUCCGCCCGCCUCAACUUCCCCGACGACAUCGCCGUCGACGCCCACGCCGACGCCGCCAUGUCCGCCGCCCUCAUCCGGAAGAAGGCCACCGAGGUCGGCGCCCGCGUCGACGCCCUCCACGCCACCGCGGCCGCCGCCGCCGCCUCCCCCACCGCCGGGGCCCGCUCUCCCGGCGCGGACCAUCGCCGCCGGCCGGCCUAUAAGAGGCCGGACCUCAAUCAGAAGCCCAGCCCUGAGAGCUCCGACGACGACUGCGAACUCUUUGGCUAGUCCGUUCCGAACCUCCUCCAAUCCAGGGCUCCGACGAUGGUUUUUCUAGAUGGGGGUUUGAAGACCAAGGGUUGGAUAGAGGAGAAGCUCAGCAAAAGGGAAGCGCAGAACCAUGGAUUGGGGGUCCGUCGUUGGGGUGUUGAUGAUGGGAUGGGAAGAUGAGGGGAAUUCUAUGUGUAUGUGUAAAUUAAAGAGGAUAUCAACAAGAACAAAUCAAAGAAGGUAAUGAUCAUAAUCUUCUUCUUUCCAUCUGGUACCUUCAGGCUGAAGGGAUGAUUUAAAAAAACAAAAAAAAAAGUACUUUUUGAUCA